CGUAGUUACGUAUGAAGCAUCAGGCGCGUACACUUCGGUUUUCUUCGUGAAUGCUAAGCUAAUAUUAGUGAUUGUUUGAGUGUUUCAAAGACAGUAAGGUGCUUUCUUUAUAAAUGGAGAGUAUAAAUGCUAAAUACGUUUCACAGAAAAUCAGUAAAACCAGAUGGCGACCAAUAUCUUAUUCGUCCUUACAGCAAGCGGAUAUCUUUGCGACAGGCUCGUGGGAUAACGAGGACAACAGGGUUUCUCUUUGGUCCAUUGGGAAUCAUGGAGGUUCUGGCAUUGAUGAUGGGUUUGAGGGGGACCCACAGCUUUUAUGUGAUCACAAGCAUGAUGGAGAUGUUCUGGACCUGCAAUUUUUGGACCAAGACAGGAUUGUCACAGCAUCAUCAACUGGAGCAGUCACAAUCUUCCGCCACCAUCAGAACAGUCAGACGAUGUCAGUUUCUCAGCGCUGGGAGAGAGCUCAUCAUUAUACCUGUGAUAACGCUCCCUGUACUGGUAUUGUGUGCAGUAGUCCUGAGAUUGUUUCAGUCGGGGAAGAUGGCAGGAUCAUCGUUUUUAGAAGUGACCACGAGGGUGUGAUCCGUGUCAUAGAGAAUGCAGACAGUAGCACGAUUCAUGCUGUGACUUACCUGAGGACGACAGAGAUUCUGACAGUGAACUCUAUCGGCCAGCUGAAGCUGUGGGACUUCAGGCAACAGGGAAACUCACCAUCACAGAUUCUCUCACUGUCAGGGGAUAGAGUCCCUCUGCACUGUGUGGACAGACAUCCAAACCAGCAGCACAUUGUGGCUACUGGAGGGCAGGACGGCAUGCUCUGUGUGUGGGAUGUGAGGCAAGGCCAAUCACCCUUCUCACUCAUGGAGGCACACUCUGCUGAAAUGUGGGAAGUCCAUUUCCACCCAACCAACCCAGAUCAUCUGUUCACAUGCUCGGAGGAUGGCUCUCUGCUGCACUGGGAGACAUCUUCACAAUCAGACAUGCCCUCCUUCUUACAAGGUGGCAGGAACAGCAGUAUGCUAUCUCGCAGUGCGAUGGCCCCGGCAGGAGGAAACCAAUCCCUGAUCAACGCCUGGCUCAGUGGAGACUCAAGUAAAGGCCGCCUGGAGACGACUCACAUGCUGCCCAGCCAGACGCUGUCUGUCAACAGUUUGGAUGUACUUGGACAAUGUCUUGUCUGUGGGACUGAUGGAGAGGCUAUUUUUGUCAACAGACAGGUCCCAGUUUAAAAGAGAUGUCAGCACACAGGACAAGAAGUGGAGAGGUGUUUUGUUUCUUUUUCAUACAUAUCAGAGGAUUUACUGAUCAUACAGGAAGACCAAAAUAAAUGUUUGCUUACAGUA